AUGCAAGCCUUCUUCCAUCUGCUGCCUUUGCUGGCGACUUUCGUUCCCACCUCCGCUGCUCCGUCAAAAGCGCUCGAGGCUCGAGAUCCUCAAUGCGGCAUGUACGACAGCGUCUACUCUGGGAGUUACUCUCUUAACACCAACGAAUGGGGUGAAGCCACCGGCACAGGCUCCCAAUGCUCUCAAAUCAACGGUCUGGAUGGCAACUCUCUUGCAUGGCAGACAACCUGGUCAUGGGAAGACAAUGUCAACAAUGUCAAGGCGUACACCAAUGUCGCGUCCUCAUCCACGUCUUGCCAGCAGAUCAGUUCCAUUAGUUCUAUCCCAACGAGCUGGUCGUGGAGCUACUCUGGCUCAGACAUUCGCGCCAACGUUUGCUAUGACACCUUUGUCGGCAGCUCCUGCGACGGCGCCCAAAAUUAUGAAGUCAUGGUCUGGCUCGGUCUCUACGGCAGCGACCUCUACCCCCUCAGCAACAACGGUUACCCUCCCACCCCAACCGCCUCGCCAUACAUCGGUGAAACCCAAUUCAACCUCAUCAUCGGCACGAAUCAAGAAGGAACAAACGUCUACACCUUCGUCGCUAUCGAUGAUGCUACCGACUACAGCGGGGACCUUAUCGCUUUCUACAACUACCUUGAGGCGAACGAGGACUUUCCAGGGAAUUAUUAUAUUCAGAGCAUAACGGCAGGGUCGGAGGUGUUCACGGGGAGUGAUGCGAUGCUAUCGACGUAUGGUUUUUCGAUCUCGCAGAGUUGA